AUGGUUUCAAAAAAUUUGGUCACUGAUUCUGUGCCGUUGGCAUUCAAGCCAAAUCCGGCCCCUUAUCCUGCUUACUUCUUAUCGCAUGGUGGCCCUACUUUUAUGUAUAGAGAUGCCGACUUUGGCAACAAGAGGGCUUACGAUGCCUUGAGAAAUAUCGGUCAGACCAUCAAAAACAAAUACAAGCCAGAUUAUAUCAUCAUUGUUUCUGCCCAUUGGCAGCUGGGUGGGUCCAAAGCGGUUGAGAUAGCGGUUCCUUCCAAACCACCAAAACUGAAAAGCGACGAAAACACUCUCGUGUAUGAUUUUUACAACUUUCCUAGACAUAUGUACCAGGAAUGGUUCCGGAGCUUGAACUCGGCGUUCUUAUCGGAAGAGAUUCGCCAGAGACUCCAGGAGAAUGGUUUUCACUCUAAGUUGACUGAAAGAGGUAUUGAUCACGGUGUGUGGGUGCCUUUCAAAGUAGCCUUCUCCAAUUACAACACUUUGAACCCACCUCCUCAGGGAGUGGACCCUGGGCUAGAUUUGCCUGACACUCGUGUGAUUCAAGUCUCGUUGACAGGUAAUGAGAAGGACUUCGACACACACUUCCAGUUGGGCAAAAUUCUCAAUCACUACAGACAAAAUCUUAUCUGGGACCCAGUGGAGGAGCGUUAUCUUAAAGGAAUGGUUAUCUGCUCAGGGAUGUCUGUUCAUAAUUUGAGAGACAUAUCGAGUUUCCUCAGAAAUGCGGAUAGUGUGCUUCCUUACACAACGAAGUUUAGUAAUUUGCUUCGUGAGACUAUGAAGAACGGGCCAGACUUGCUUGCUAAUCUCAACAAGAUCAAGACGGAUCACGAGAAGUUGCUUUUCCAAGCACAUCCUACACUCGAGCAUUUUGUACCUAUAGUCGUUGCCUCGGGCCUCCUCAGUGAAACUCCAAAAGAGCCCAUCGUCGAAGUUUUCAGUGAAGACCAAGGCAGCUUAGCUUGGGGCAUGUAUCAAUUUGGUAAAUCAUUCUAG